AUGAGCCGGCCUCCAGCAACAUCGCGCAAGGUCGGGCGCGCUGUGGUGCUACUGGCGCUGCUCUGGGUGUCUUUGCCAGAGCCUAAGACCAGUGCUUUGAACAGUGUUAGAGGGUUUCCCGAGCAGCCUCAGGCGAGCAGCGCAGACGGCGCGGGCUUUGCUAGGAGCGGGGGCCGUGCAGUUUCCAAGGUCGGUUCCUCCGGGAAUAUGGGCACAGAACUUGCUGGUCGCACGCAGGGCCAAGGCGGGCUCUGCGAAGGCUCGCUGACACUAGCAUUUGUGUGCCGCUUGCUGCAGGCCGAGUGGCUAAAAAAGACAGCUGGCGAGAUCGACUUGUUUACAUCUGAGGAGGUCGGUUAUUGGGCCAGAGCGGUCUUGGAAGAGGCGAACUGCGGCAAGGAGACGGUACAGAAUAUUACAAAUAUUAUCAACAGCGAGGAUAUCAUGGGCAAGGCGCUUUUGAAGUUGACUUUGAACGACAUGCAAGACAUGAACAUUCGCAUGGGGCCGCGCAAAGUCCUGGCCGAACGCAUCGCUGCCGUGUCCUUGCCGACAGCCGAGGCCGGCGCCAAGGGAGAGUGCAUUUCGUGCGGUCCACCGUUGUUGCUUUUUGGGAUCAUGCUCUCCUCUCAGCUCGGAUACCCUCGUCGUUAA